UAACUCCUCCGCACAGCUAGGAAGAUCGCAUUCUAACGCUCCUCAUGCCGUCCCAAGCAGUAGCAUUAGGAACUCUACUGUCGCUCGUAGCGCUGAGGCUCAUCACCACGAGCACCGCCGAAGCGCAGCUUCCGCCGUCAACAGGUGGUGGCGGCGCCGAGGAAUGCAUAAGGAGAUGUGGCAGCGUAGACAUCCCCUACCCGUUUGGCUUCGGGCCAGACCACUGUGCAUUGUCCCAGGCCUACAUGCUCACCUGCAACGACACUGGGAACGGCACCUUCGUACCCUUCGGUUGGAAAACGGUCCAAGUCCUGGACAUCUCCCUAGAGCGUGGGCACAUCCGGGUAAUGAACUUCAUCUCUUUCUACUGCUACGACGCAACAUCUCAGGGCAUGGAUUACAGCCGGUGGCACUGGGACCUGACCAACUCGGUGUACGCGCUGUCCAACGACAACAAGUUCGUCGUCAUCGGGUGCCGGACGCUGGCCUUCAUCGGCAACGUGAAGGACAUGGGCAAGAAGUACAUGACAGGCUGCGCGGCCAUGUGCCCGAUCGACGGCAACCAGACGCUCACGGACAUGUCCUGCUCCGGGAUGGGCUGCUGCCAGGCUCCGAUCCCGCCAGGCCUGCAGUACUACGAGGUGUUUUUCGACGACCGCUGGAACACGUCUGCCAUCCACGGCUUGAGCCCCUGCAGCUACGCGGUGCUCAUGGAGUCGUCCAACCUCACCUUCUCGGAAACCUAUGUGACCUCGCCGGAGUUCAACACGACGUACGGCGGGCGAGCGCCCAUGGUUCUUGACUGGUUCAUCCCUAACAAAAAUUGCCAAGUCGCUCGCACAGAUCCUGGGUACGCGUGUGUCAGCAGCAACAGCGAGUGCGUUGACACAGCCAGCGGACAAGGCUACAUCUGCAACUGCAAACGAGGCUUCCGGGGCAAUCCCUACGUCAAAGGCUCUGAUGGAUGCCAAGACAUAAAUGAGUGCGACGAUCCAGUCAAGUACGGCUGCCACGGAUCCUGCGCCAACGCACCGGGAACGUUCAAAUGUUUUUGCCCCAGGGGUACCCGAGGAAAUGCGUCGGCUGGACCAUGCCAGAAAGAGUCGUUACCCAAGGGGGUACGGCUCGGUAUUGGGAUUUUUGCUGGUAUUUUUUCUUGCCUGGUUGUCUUUCUUGCAAUGGAAGUUGUUCUCCAUCGGCGUAGCAUCAAAAGGCAAGCUCUGCACAAGCAAAGCAACCAAUAUUUUCAGCAACACGGAGGCCAGCUGCUCUCGCAAAUGUUGAGAGUAGAAGGCAAUGACAAUGCGAUCAUCUUCUACGAGAGAGAAGACAUCGUGAAGGCGACGGCGAACUUCGACAAGGCCAACAUCAUAGGAGAAGGGGCGCAAGGCACCGUUUAUAAGGCGACCCUUUACGUUGAUGGUAUUGCGACCACCGUGGCCGUGAAGCGAUGCAAGGAGAUCGACGAGAACAGGAAGACGGAGUUCCUGCAGGAGCUGGUCAUCCUUUGCCGCGUUAGCCACCCCAACAUCGUCAAGCUUCUCGGCUGCUGCCUGCAGCUGGAGGCGCCUGUGCUCGUGUACGAGUUCGCCCGGAACGGGACCCUGCAGCAUCUGCUGCACGGGAGGCCCAGGCGGCACCCCGCCGUGAGCCUUGCGACCAGGCUCAGGAUCGCCGUGGAGUCUUCCAGGGCCCUAGCGCACCUGCACAAUCCACCGCACCAGAUCCUCCACGGCGACGUGAAGCCGGCCAACAUCCUCCUCGGCGACGGCUGCGUCGUCAAGGUGUCCGACUUCGGCUGCUCAACGAUAGAUGACAGCACACAGGUGGUGCCCAAGGGCACCAUGGGCUACCUGGACCCGGAGUUUCUCUACGACUUCCAGCUCACCAAGUUGAACGACGUUUACAGCUUUGGGGUGCUGCUCAUAGAGCUUCUGACGGGCAAGAAACCACUGGUCAAGGAGCGGAAGAACCUGACGGCAAUGCUUCACGAGUCUCUGGGGAAUGGCACCCUUGAUGAACUACUGGAUACGGACAUAGUCGGCGAAGGCAGCAUGAGGGUGAUCCAUCAAGCUGUGGAGUUGGCGAGCCGAUGCAUAGCGAUUCCCGGUGAAACAAGGCCCACGAUGCAGCAGGUGGCGGAGGAGCUCUGGCGGCUAUCAGAGCAAGUGCCGGAACGAGCACCGCCACCAGAGGACCUGGAAGGCCGUGGCUUCAUGGACACGGUGACAGCAUUGUCAUACGGUUAUACUACCGGCGAGAGUGAAACCACCGGAUUUUAUGGACUUGAAAGCAACGCUGCUCUGAGCAUAGAAUAUGCUAGGUGAAAAUUGCUUGGACAUCGAGGUUGUUCUACAUUUAUUUUGUGUUCACAUGACGACAAUACAUACCUCUCCCUUUUCCCUAGUCCCUACCGAAUGGAAACAGUGAAUGCUGUCAUGUAAAACUUAAUCAAGGCCAAACAAUCGGAUCUGUAUAAUUGUGGAUGAAUUGUCGUCUUUAAUUCUUUCUUCAUAUAUAGAAAGUAACAUUGUAGGCUCGUAGCCUAGCAUAA